AUGUUAUAUUGGGGUCCAAGAACAUGAUAUGAAGUGAUAGCUGUCCCAUCUGGUUUUAUAAAAAAUCCUGAACCAAGACCCAUUAGCAUAUUGGUUUUAGGACUGAGCACCAUGAUUCGGAAUACUGAGGGUAAGAGCUUUUCACAAAUAUCUGCAGUGUUGAGACUAUGCUGAUGUGUUGCGAAUCCUGAUUUUGGAAAGGUUGGCAGAUUUGAUGAUUUUAUGUUUUUUAAGAUCUUUCGGAAAGCCAUAUUAGAAAUUUAUUGGCUAAAAUCAAUCUAA